UAGUAAGGAAAGAGAGAGAAAAAAAUAAAGGAUACUAAAUUAUGGAGAAGAGGACCAUAAACUUGACCCUCGGGGCAGACGGUUUUUCAGCGGCAACCAUCUAAAAUCAUGCCGACUUUCCUCAUAGUUAGUCUUUCCUCGCCCAUCUUUUUAAGAACUGUUUCUAUUUUCUUGUGUCUAUUACUUAACGAAGUUUUGGAUGUAUACGUUGGGACACAGAAGAUUUGUUUAACUAUAACACUGUACUGUGAACUCUUUCAUCGCUGCGCUGCGGAAAAUCAAGCCUGGAAUGGCACUAGUGAGUAACGAAAGGUUUAAUUUUGAGUAUUGGAAACUGUUGCUGACGCGGUAAGCAAAAAAGGGAGCUCCCAGACCACAGACCAUCGCCGUGAAUGGAGGGCGAGGGUGAGCCGCCGAGGAGACCAGAGUACUGAAGGCGAAUGGACGCUGGGCACUAAGUGCGGGGCGAGGAUGAUGCUCAGGUCGGUGCCAUGGUGGGUGCGGGCGUGUCACCUUACCACCAGGAGCAUCAUGUUCACGCUGACGGCGGCACUGCUGUGUGGUGUGCUGCUCAUGGAUGGCGCGCGAUCUCCAGAAAAGCCGCCCUGGUUGGAGUUCAACACCUGCUCGCCGAGGAACAACAUCGCCUUUCUCAAAACCCACAAGUGUGCGUCCUCCGCCAUUCAGAACAUUCUCUUCCGUUAUGGCGACAAACACAACCUGCACUUCGCAUUGCCAGAGAAAGGGAACUACUUUGGCGGCGGAAAACACUCCUUUGAGUCUGCCAUGGUCAGGUCCUCGCCCUUCAACAAGCUAACGCCCAACAUCUUCGCAGUCCACUCCAUUUGGAACUACAAGGAGGUGAAGAAAACGAUGCCUGAAGACACUUUAUUCUUCACCAUCGUUAGGGAACCCACGUCUCUCUUCCAGUCCCUUUUCGAUUUUACCAUGAGAGAGGAGGUGCUGGGGCUGACGCUGGACCAGUACGUGCGGCAGGUGGGCUUCACACAAGACAGAGGAUUCGGCUACCUGGGCUACAACCAGAUGUCCUGGGACUUUGGGAUGUCGCUGCAGGAUAUGGGCAACCUCACUGCCGCCCAUGAACUUGUGCGGCGCGCAGACGCGCAGUUCGGGCUGGUGCUGGUAGCGGAGCGAAUGGACGAGUCUCUGGUGCUGCUGGCCAAGUACCUGUGCUGGGAACUGCGCGACGUGCUGGUGCUGCAAAUCAACUCCCUCAGGGACAAGUUCAAGUCUUCCAUCAGUGAGGAGUCGCGGCAGGCACUGCUGCAGAGGCUCGCCCCGGACUACCUGCUGUACAACCACUUCCUGGAGAGGUUCGACCAGCAGGUGGAGGCGUUCGGGAGACGCAGGAUGGCGGCGGAGGUGGCCAGGCUGCGGGAGCUGAUGGCACUGCUCGUCACCACGUGUAACUUCGUCAGGAAGGAAGCCUCGGAUCUCACUGGGAGGCAGAAGCCGUGGUCCCCUAAGGUGGAUGGCUUCGUGGCGGCCCGAGGUGGAGAGGAGUGUCAGCCGUUCACCAUAUCAAACCCAAUUUUCCUUGACCUUCUGAAGGAGAAGCAACGCAGGGAACUCCUCAAUGGGACACAGCAGGCACCGAGUAGAUGAUCCACGUAUCAUAGUUAUAUAACAUUAUAAGAAGGGAUGAACGGGAAAUACACAAAUAAACUUAUCCAACU